UUUUCCACUCAAACUCAAUUACCUUCCUCCUCAAGAAAAAAAAAAAAAAGAAACUCUUACUUAUUAUAGUUUUUAAGCUUCCAAGCUUUCAAAAAUGGCGUUACCUAAUGACUCUUCAGCUUUAGAGUUCAUCAAAAAUCAUUUGUUUAGUGAACUUUCUCCUAUAGGUUCAAAUUUUAGCUUUAAUUUCAGUUUUAACAAUGGAAAUAAUAUUAAUAAUUUUGAUGUUGAUAAUCAUGAAUCAAAUUCUCUGUGUUCUCAAUCGUCUAUUGAUAGUUCUUCAACCUCGUUUUCCUUUGGUGGACAACAGAAGCAGCAGCAGAGUUCCGCCUUGAUCAAGGAGGAGCAGAAUUUUGAUUUCGACUUCGAUUUUGAUCUCGGUUUCUCAAAAUUUGAGACGAAAACGAAGGAAGAUGAUAAUCAGAUGACGUCAUCACCGACGUUCUCCAGUGGAUCAAAGUCGAAGUUUAGUGAGAGGAAGCCAUCGAUGAAAAUCGCGGUUCCGGCACAGACUAAGAAGUUCGAGGUUGUCGAGUUCGUUCCUGAGUCAACUCAGCAAGUGAACACUGAGUCGACUCAGCGAGUUGAGGAGGAAACACGUAGGCACUAUAGAGGAGUAAGGAGAAGGCCGUGGGGAAAGUACGCAGCAGAAAUUAGGGAUCCGAACAAGCGCGGGUCACGAGUUUGGCUUGGAACUUAUGAAACUGCAAUCGAAGCAGCCCGAGCUUAUGAUAGGGCUGCUUUCAAGCUUCGCGGUGCAAAAGCGAUUCUUAAUUUCCCGCUUGAAAUCGCGAAGACUGUGGAGAUGUCUGAAGUCAAUAACACCGCCUCAAGUGGCGGCGUUGACAGCGGAAACAGAAAGAGAAAGGCAGUAGAGGAUAAAGUUGAGGUGGUUGAGGUAAAAAAAGAGAAAGUUGAGCAAUCGACAAAUACGAUGUCGUAUGGAUUUGAAGAUUUAGGACCGUUGACACCGUCAAAUUGGACGGCGUUUUGGGAUUUGGAUGUGAAGUCAGGAAACGGAGUUUUCACUAUCCCUCCUUUGUCGCCGUUAUCUCCCCAUCCAUCAAUAGGUUACUCUCAGCUUGCAGUUAAUUAAGUUAAUUACUACAGUACUAAUAAUUAAGUACUUAAUCAGGGAUUAAGGAUAUAUAAUCCAUUCCAAUGCAAUGUUCUGAGUAAGAAAAUUCCUAAAAAAGGAAUAAAAAAAAAGUAAUGUAAUUUUGAUUUUCUUAUUAGAAGUAGAUACCGUUAAGAAAGUGCUGUAUGUAAAUAGCGAACCAACGGCCUCUGUUUUUGGAUUUCGAUAUUCAUUUCAUUGGUUUAUUUAAUUAAAAGCUUGUUUAAUUAAACGUUUGUAA